AUGCUUUCUUCCCCCAUUUCUCUCUCCAAUUAUUUCUGUUUGUUUUCUAAAGUAACCUUCGCCGGAAAAGACUUCUCCUUCACAGAUACGUCGUCGUCUAAAACAAUGCAACACGGCGAUUACCCCUCCACUCCCUACUACCAGCAAUACCCCCAAACCCACAACCCUAACGCGAACCCGAUCGACGAUUUAACUCGCUACCCACCACCGCCACCUUCUUAUGCUUCCGCACCCCCCGUCGCCCCAAACAAUUACGCCCCUCCUCCUUCAUCCGCCGAUUACUCCACCACUUCUUACCAGCAUAAUUCUUCAUCCUAUCCUCACUUUCCCCAAAAUCCUGAUACUCUCCCCACAGCGCCAUCGUUUCAACAACCUCAACCCUCUUAUUCUUUUCCCCAGUUAGAAGUCCAUGGACAAUACCAAACCCCGUCACCACAGAAACCGCAACAGCAGACGUAUUACUCAUCUUAUGAUCAGCCUGCAGCCAAUUAUUCCCCAAACCCUAAACCUGUUGGACCUAAUACACAAUACCCUUCACCGUAUAGCUCUCAGUUUAAUCAAUCCAAUCCACCUGUUUAUGAAAGUACUUAUGACCAUUCUGUGAAAUACGAUCACCCGGGUGGUUAUUUUGAUGGGAAUUACGGUCGGGGCGGGUCUGAGUCUGGUUCUGAUUUGUAUGGAAAACGACCUGAGAGUGGCUACGGUGGGUAUGGGAAGAAUGAUGGGGGUUUUGGGAAUAAUGAAGGGGUUUAUGCUUACAAAGGAAGCUCGGAGCCGUAUGGGGCUCGGGGAACAGCUCCCAAGUCGUCGACUUGGUCAGGAUUUGAUGAUUUUGGCAGGCCGAUCGGGCAUUCUUCUCCUUCAGGGAAUGGGCGGUCAACAAAUGCUGGGUUGAAGGUUGUGAAGGCAGUUCCGAAGGCGGAUUCACAGCAGGAUACGAAUGGUGGGGUUCAGAAGUACAGAGUUAAGUUAUUAGCAGAAAAUGCUGGCCAGAGCACCAUGGACGUUCUUUGUCAGAUUGGCUUGGAUGGAAUUCGUAUGCUUGACCCAGCAACCAGUCGGAUUCUGCGAAUUUAUCCUCUCGACACAAUAACUAGAUGUGAAGCUUUUGAUUCUUCAACAUUUGCUUUUUGGUCAAAAAGUUCUGUGGACUUUGAACCAAGGCGUAUCAGGCUGCAGUCAAAUAGUUAUACCACCAACACCAUUUUGGAUACUGUUACAGCGGCAACUGUACAGUUUAAGGAGAUGGGUGGAAGAAGUCGUCCUUCUGAAACUCCUAAGAUUGCUGAACAACCAACUGAUAAGAAGAAAGGCUUUGCAGACUGGAUGAAUAAAAUAAAGCCUGUUAAUGAGGAGAAAGAUCACUGGGUUCCUGAUGAAGCUGUAACAAAAUGCACAGGCUGUGGGACAGAUUUUAAUGCUUUUGUGCGCAAGCAUCACUGCAGGAAUUGUGGAGAUAUAUUUUGUGACAAGUGCACUCAAGGCAGGACUGCUCUUACAGCUGAUGACAAUUCUCCAGUUGUUAGAGUUUGUGACAGAUGCUUGGCUGAAGUUUCUCGUAGGUUGAGCACUGCUAAAGAUUCUUCUGUCAGUGGAUCAACUGGAUUGCCAAGUCAUGAGGAUCUUGCCAAAAAGCUUCAGGAGGAGAUGGAAAGAAACCGCAAGGCAUCAUCAGGCUCCAGGUCAGAUGGUUCUGGAAGGCGGAUGAAAGAGGUUGCCUGCCCUACCUGUACAGUCCAUUUGCAGGUUCAAGUUCCCAGUUCAGGCUCCGAGACCAUAGAGUGCGGGGUUUGCCAGCAUCCUUUCCUUGUCAGUUCUCACUGA